UCUCUCUCUCUCUCUCUCUCUCUCUCUCUCUCUCUCUCUCUCUCCUCUCUCUCUCUCGGGCCACACAUGGACUAAAAGUUAGACAGACAAGCUGGGGAAAGGCGUGGAUGGUUAUUGACCUGCUUCCAUCAGCCACUGCAGAGGGACAUUGAAAAGGGAACCCACAAGCUGUGGGUUGCCAUGGACACCUUUUUCCGCCGGCACUUUAGACUGAAAGGUGCGGAACAAUGCCAAUACAGGCGGCCUGGCGUGGCGGUGCCCACAAGCAAGGCUCGCCGGCGCUCCAGUGUAGGACUGCCCUCUGCUGGCCUGGUCCAACGUAGGCGCUCUAGUGUGGGACUGUCAUUCACAGGUCCUGUGGGACGCAGAAGGUCCAGUGCAGGCCUGUCGCCGACUUCUCAAUCACAACGAAGACGUUCCAGUGUUGGCCUGCAGUCAGGUUAUGUGGGCCGUAGAAGUUCCAGUGUGGGCUUGGCCUGCACUGCUCACCAACAACGCAGGCGCUCCAGCGAGGUGCAGGGGUUACCCCACUGUUAUUAUGGAGGGGAGCAGCUAGUGAGAACCAGAUACUACACCAGGCGACGCUCCAGCACCACCAUGGCCUGUGUCAAUCCCCGCUUCUCUGUCCGCCGCCGGCGAGCCGCCAAGCUCCGCACCAUUGACACCCAACUGCUGGGGCCUUCCAUGCUGCUGGCCAGCCUGGUCCAGAUGAGUGCGGAGCAGCAGAGGGCACCAGGGGCGCAGGGCGGUGAGGGGGCAUCAGGAGAGGGCACUGAGAGCUGCCCCUCCUCCUCGUGCUGCUCCGAGUCGGAAGGGGACAGCUGCAGUCAGAGAGAGUGUAGCACCAGGUCGGAGGGCAGCGGGAGUGAACAAGAGGGGACUGAGGCAUCAUCAUCAUCAUCAUAUCCAGAGGGAGAGAGGACGUCUCCAUGGCAGGACUGGAAUCAGGCUCAUAGUAUGGCAGCCUUGACGAUGGAGAGCAUCCAGUCCCGGCCUCUGAUCCGCGCCCCGCGCUGCCUGCGCCGUAACUCCUCCCACCUGCUGCCGGCGGAGGCGGUGCACCGUAGCAGGGCGGCCUACGGUGUGCACGGGCACUACCGACGCUCCAGCCAGUUACGGAGGCCUUCCACCAUCUCCAACAGCGCCUGGCAAGGCAGGCUAGUCCCCACACCCAGCCGCAGGAGCUCUAUAGUGGCCCGCCACUCCUCCCGUUCCCUGUAUAGGAACUGUUCCGCUUGCUGGAAGCCCAGGGUCCGCAGGGAGUCCCUCAGCCCCCUGCAGGGCACCUACUAUGACCCCCGCCUGGAGACUUGGAGUGGAUUCGUCUCGAAGGCCAUUGCUAAAUCGGGUCUACAGCACCUGUCUGCCCAGCCCAGUGCCUCAGCCCUGGCCAAGUUUGACCCAGACAGGGAGAUCCGGAGCAGCUGUGACUGGACCGAGAACGCCCUGUAUGGGGAGCACAUCUGGUUUGAGACCAAUGUCUCUGGGGACUUCUGUUACGUCGGAGAGCAGCACUGCUUCGCCAAGACACUGCAAAAAUCUGUAGCCCGAAAAAAGUGUGCAGCCUGCAAGAUAGUGGUUCACACAAUCUGCAUAGAACAGCUAGAAAAGUUAUUCGAGGCUACGCCCUAUGAAGACAGCCUGCUUAUCGAAGACCCCGCCUUUAGAAUAAACUUUAGGUGUAAACCAUCAUUCAGGGAAUCGGGGUCUAGGAAUAUACGAGAGCCAGUCCUCCAAAGACAAGGUGCUCUAAAGUGCCUCAGGCGGAUGGCUAACUGCAUGGCCACCCCUUUCCUGAGCCAGUCCCAGCCCACCGUAGUGCGGCACCAUUGGGUCCACCGGAGACGCCAGGAUGGGAAGUGUCGCCAGUGCGGGAAGGGUUUCCAGCAGAAGUUUGCCUUUCAUAGCAAAGAGAUUGUGGCCAUCAGCUGUUCAUGGUGUAAACAGGCAUAUCACAACAAGGUGUCCUGCUUCAUGCUGCAGCAGAUCGAGGAGUCCUGCUCCCUGGGUGCUCAUGCCUCUGUCAUCGUACCCCCUACUUGGAUCCUCCGGGUUCGCAGACCUCAGACCUCACUAAAGUCGAGCAAAAAGAAAAAACGGACCUCGUUUAAGCGCAAGUCCAGCAAAAAGGGAGUAGAGGAGGCGCGCUGGAAGCCCUUCAUAGUUAGACCCAUUCCCUCUCAGCUCAUGAAGCCGCUGUUGGUGUUUGUCAACCCAAAGAGUGGGGGGAAUCAGGGAGCCAAGAUUAUCCAGUCGUUCAUGUGGUACCUGAACCCUCGCCAAGUAUUUGACCUGAGUCUGGGAGGACCCAAGGAUGGGUUAGAAAUGUACCGUAAGGUGCAUAACCUGAGGAUACUGGCAUGCGGAGGGGAUGGCACGGUGGGUUGGAUCCUGUCUGCUCUGGACCAGCUCCAACUGAACCCCCAGCCUGCAGUAGCCAUCCUGCCUCUGGGGACAGGCAACGACCUGGCCAGGACCCUCAACUGGGGGGGUGGUUACACAGAUGAACCGGUGUCUAAGAUCCUGUCUCAUGUAGAGGAUGGGAACGUCGUCCAGCUCGACCGGUGGAAUCUAAUAGUGGAGCCCAACCAGGAUGCUGUUGCAGAGGAGAGGGAUGAGCAGCAGACUGACAAGCUCCCCCUCGACGUCUUCAACAACUACUUCAGCCUCGGCUUCGACGCACACGUGACACUAGAAUUCCACGAGUCUCGAGAGGCCAACCCGGAGAAAUUCAACAGCCGCUUUCGGAACAAGAUGUUCUAUGCAGGGACGGCCUUCUCGGACUUCCUCAUGGGCAGCUCCAAAGACCUAGCCAAACACAUCAAGGUCGUGUGCGACGGCACCGACCUCACCUCAAAGGUUCAGGAUCUGAAGCUGCAGUGCCUGGUGUUCCUCAACAUUCCCAGAUACUGUGCUGGUACCAUGCCAUGGGGCAACCCAAGCGAGCACCAUGACUUUGAGCCACAACGGCACGACGAUGGCUGCAUUGAAGUUAUCGGCUUCACCAUGACCUCUCUGGCCACGCUGCAGGUCGGAGGUCACGGUGAGCGGCUGAACCAGUGCAGAGAGGUGACCCUCACCACCUACAAGUCCAUCCCCAUGCAGGUAGAUGGGGAGCCUUGCAAGCUAGCCCCCUCCACCAUCCGUAUCUCCCUGAGGAACCAAGCGAACAUGGUGCAGAAGGCCAAGAGGAGGACAUCUAUUCCGCUGCUCAAUGACCAGCAGCCCUUCCCGGAGAGGUUAAGGAUCCGGGUGAACCGUAUUAGCAUGCACGACUAUGAGGCCCUACAUUAUGACAAGGAGAAACUCAAAGAAGCCUCUAUCCCACUGGGACUUAUCGUUGUCCCGGGUGACAGUGACCUGGAAACAUGUCGCUCCCACAUCGAGAGGCUCCAAGAGGACUUCAUCUCCAUUCAUCCCUCCUUCAAACGACUGGUGCUCCAGGAGGAUGAUGGAGCUAAAUCAAAGACCCUUUCCUCACAGAAGCUUUCGCCGAAGUGGUGCUUCUUGGACUCCACAACUGCAGAUCGAUUUUACAGAAUUGAUCGUGCUCAGGAACACCUAAACUAUGUGACCGAGAUAUCCCAAGACGAGCUCUUCAUCCUGGACCCUGAGCUGGUCGUCACGGAGACGGUGAGCACCUCACCAGGGAUGCCUGAUCUGGUUGAUUCUUCUGGUGAAUUCCCAGAGGCGUCGAGCAAGUUUGCCUUCCCGUCCUCUUCCUCGUCUCCUCCCCCCUCACCGGGACCCAGUCCCACCAGCCCCCAAUCGGACAGCGAGGCCAUGGCCGUCAGACACAAGAAAUCCCACUUCUUCUUCUCUCCCUCCGGCUUCCCCUUUCCUGUCAGGAAGAGGAUCACGGAGCUCCAGAAGACCACUCAGAGGAAGCGAAUAUCCAGCGACAGCUCGGUGGUGGAGGCACUGGCACACAGCAGCUCCCUCAGGUCCAAUAAGCCUGCCCUCACGAGGGCAGGAUGUAUCCAUCGGUCUAACACUACUGCAGCUGAUUUCAACCCAACAUUGAGGUCGGAGAAGAAUACACUGUGCAAUACAGACAAAGUAUCACCGGAAGUGUUGAUUGAAUGUGUGAAGCGCAAAGACCAUCUGAAGCUGAAGGAACUGCACAAACUGGGAGCUGACCUAUCACUGCAGGACCCCUCAGGAUGCACCCUGCUCCACUAUGCUGUGGACACUGGUAGCAAGGAGACUGUCAAAUACAUCCUGGACAAUGCACCCACAGAUAUCCUGGAUGUAACAGAAAAGGAAAAUGGGGAGACAGUGUUGCACAAAGCAGCGUCACUGUGUCAGAGGACUAUCUGUCACUACCUGGUAGAGGCAGGGGCAUCCCUCAUGAAGACAGACUUACAGGGUGACACACCAAAGCAUCGUGCAGAGAAGGCCAAGGAUGCAGAGCUGGCUGCCUACCUGGAGAACCGGCAGCACUACCAGAUGAUCCAGAGAGAGGACCAAGAGACAGCUGUGUGACCUCCCUCUGCUCCCUGACCUCCAGCACCACUUCCCUAUAACCCUGUGCCAAAACUACUUUAGCUAAAAGAGGAAACUCACCAGAGAAGAUGGUUAAAAGAUAGCCAGUGUUGUAUUCUCCUGCUAGGGAGUUGGUUGGAAUCCUACCAGAUGAGAGGUCUUAAAGGUCCAUCACGUGAGAGAUGCUUGUGACCAGUGGACUUGAUUAUUGCACUGCCAAAAAAAAAGCUGUUUUGUGUCGGAACGCUUGGAAGAGAUGGCUCUUCUGUUACAUGUUUUUUUUCUCCCCAGGUUGUGUUGCGCUCGCGAUCCACCUAGACUGAAUGUUGAAUUUUGCUCCAAGGUUUUAGGACAGGAGCUUGGAUAACUGAAUGUCCAGGUCAUUGUAUUAUUAUACUCUUCGAUGGAGCUGCAUCUCUCUGUGUCUAUAAACAGCAGCAUGAGCGUUUCAACUGUACGGAUCACAAUGACUCAGUAGAUUUCAAAAGGGUAUGAACACUCUGAUCUGUAGGCCAGCUGUCUUUUAAGGCUACCAAAAAAUGACAUUAUUUGGAUUACGGUUUUAUUUGUUUGUUGUACAUUAUUAUAAUUUGUUGACUGAUUUGUCCACCCAUAGUGCAGUGUGAUGGUAUCAAACUAUCCACGAAGGUGGGGAAUUUGACACAUAAUACUUUUCUCAUCACCAAACAAUUUUGAAUUGAAUAAAUCAAUAUUGUUCUACUUUAUGAUCACUUGGCAAAUGUUUAUUUUAUUUCUUAGUUUUAAUAAGGAUAUUUGGUACUGUACACUCGUAGUAGCUCUGUGUUAAAGCAGUUUAUGCACUGCAGCUCCAAUUGCCUUGAUUUUCUUAUUUUGUUGGCUGAUUAGUUUGUAUUUAAUGUACUUAAUUAAGUCAUGGUGUAUUUUUAUUGCAUUUUUAAGCAGAUUGAUGUUUAUAUAAUUUGUACAUACUAUAAAUUUAAAAUGUUUUGUGUUUGGUCAUUAUUUACUAUAAAAAAUGUGCAUUUGAUAUGUAUUAGUUUCAGAACUACAAAGCAUUUCCUCUCUCAUAUUGUGACAGAAGUCAAAGGCGUAUUUAUUCACCUCAACAUUUUUUACAGAUCCUUAACAUGCACAUGAAGCGGUUAAAUUACGUUCAGCAAACGACGGUUUGAGUUGUAAAAUUUACAGGGUGGAUGUUGUUUUUUUACAUACAAAAAUAAUAAGUUGUCUUCGCACAAACCAAUCGUUUGUGGUUGCUAUUUAUUUUCCAUAGUUAUAAUCUGUUAAAAUUUGACUGGCCAUUUAAACCAGCAAUAUAAUUAAACUUAAGUUAUAAAGACCUGUGAUUCAUUUAAAUUGUGUUAUAUUGUGUAGAGAGUGGUGGGAAGGAAUUGGUUUCAUUCCGAAAGAUAUCCUACAUUAUAACUAGUUUAAUGUAGCACCACAGUAACUGUGGAUCUACUGCAUUUUGAAAUGAGUUGUUUCUCUGGCUGUUUUUUCUCAUUCUUUAAUCACUAAACAUCCUUGUAAGACGUCCUUGUAAACACAUUAACAAGGUAUACUUUCAUAUACACAUUUUUUACUUGAUUGUGUUUGUUGUCCGAAGUUUAUAGUUUUGAACUUCAAACAACCCAUAAUGCCAACUAAGAUGCAUUUAAUUGUAAAUAAUUGCUGUUCUCUAUUAUGGCCAGAUACAUUAAAUGUAGCACUGAAUCA